AUGCUACAGAGGUUGGCAAGGAUGACGCCGUACUACAAGCGGAAUGAGGCGAGAAUAUGUACCUUCUACGUGAAGGGUGCAUGCAAUCGAGGCCAGGAUUGCCCCUUCAAGCAUGAGCUUCCGAAGGGUGGCGACCUAGCAAACCAGAAACUGCGGGAUCGGUUCCACGGGGAGAAUGACCCGUUGGCGAACAAGAUCAUCCGUAGAGCUGAAGAGGACCUUACCUUGAUGCCGCCGGAGGACAAGGCGGUGACAACGCUCUAUCUUGGUGGACUGCCACAUGGAGCCAAAGAAAAGGACAUCCGCAAUCAGUUCUACGUUUUUGGAGAGAUUCGAAGCAUCAGAAUGGCACCCAAGCAGAGCUGCGCGUUUGUCACCUUCGUGAAGCGAGAGGUGGCCGAGCAAGCUGCCAAGAACACACACAAGAUUCUCAAGAUCAAUGGCAAGAACGUGAACGUGACCUGGGGCCGGCCGGAGGUGUCGAAGGAGAAACAGGCAUCUGCUGCUGUGGCAGCUGGGUCAGCGCCGCCUGCUGGUAAUACGUACAGGCCAUACUAUCCGUCAAUGGAUCCAUCAGCACAGGGCAAUGCGCCUUUGCAGGGUGAGGCACCAGAUGAGCGCUCGAUUCCAAAAUGA